AUGAAAGAACCCAAGAGAGAGAACUUGUUAGUGAAGAUAGAACAGUUGUAUUGAUGGAAGCACCACUGGCUGUAGUAAUACAAAUAAAUACUAUGAUGAAAGGUUUGUUGAAAUUGCUAAUAGAGACUAAGCCUUUCAGUAACAAUCUGAGCGAUAAAAAUGGUAAGAUCGAUAUAUGUAAAAUGGAUAAUAAUGCAAUGAAAGAGAAUGUGAAAGGAAAUGCGACUAUUAAUAAAAGUGAAAAGGGAGGAAUGUUUAAAGUAAAACAUAAUGAAUAUAUACCUAUGAGCAGCAAUAAAACAGCCCUGGACUAUAAUGAUAAGACAUAUUCCUCAAAAUACUUAUCAACAUCAUCCCAAGUUCUAAAAACUUGUCUAACAAAAGGUGGUGAUACACUUUUUUGUGAAGAGAAGAAACAAGUUUGA